UUACCGAGGUUCUUGAUCUAGUUGAAUACCUAGACUUUAUUAUUUUAAAAUAUUUGUAAACACGUGUGUAUGAUAAGUUACACGGAAGGUUUGCGGAAGUUUGACGAUAUAUUCAAAAUGGGUGCAUCACUACUUUCUAAACUAAUGGCUGGAAUUUGCAUUAUAGAAGUUUUCCUAACAAAUGUUGUUGCAGAUAAAAACACACAGAUGACUUGGCUUGAGGCUAGGGACUUUUGUGACAGUAUCAACUCUAGCCUGGUGGACCCCUUCAUCGAUAGCGUGUCAACAGAAGGAGCAUUCUGGACAAAUAGACACAUGGAGACACACUCCUCGUGGAUCUAUAUCGAAGGAUGCACCAAUACUUCCUCUCUGGGGAUAAACAGCGACACCGGAAGAAAGAUAUCCUCGGUAUGGGAAUGUGAUAACCUGUGUAACCACACAGAAUUAUUCGGAACACAGAACUCUACUUGUUUCUGUCUUGAAAGAGACAGGACUGAUAUCACUGAAGCGAACGCUUGUACAGUACAAUGUGAUAAUUGUACUGACGUCUUUCCAAUACAGUGUUGCGGAAGCACGGACCUUGUUACAGUGUUUGGAAAGCUUCAUAUCACAGGACACCAAUUAAACCUCGACAAUACUAACGAAUGUCUAACGUGCGAUGGUGGUGGUAUGUACCGUUCACCCUCUUGCUCAGAUUCCCGUCAUUGCCCGUGUCACAAAGAAGGCACAACGAACGACGACGUUGAUUGGAAAACUUGCUUUCAGGAAGUAUGUGAAGGCGGUAUAUAUCCCAGACGAUUAAAAGACCAAACGCAAUGUACAGGUUCUAAUUACGGACUAAUAUGGCUACCUGUACGAAGACGGCAUUUUGACGAUAAUCCUGGACUUUGCUACAGAUGUAUAAACAAUACUUUGAACUGUCAAUUUGAAAGAUGUGAUCACAUUUACAAGUCUUCCUGUAGAGAGAAUUCGACUUUAAAGGAAGCGAACUUCACCCUGAACAAUUCAUCAGAUUGCAACAGUUCCUUAAGCGUCUCUAUGAACUGGAACAGUUCUUUCAAAAGUUGUUUUCCAAACGAUACUGAAAAAAAGAAUAGGAAAGCUAGGAUUUCAAUUAACGGAACAUUUAAAAAAAUAUCAGGCUGGGUUCAAAGUUUGGGAUGCAUUAAAGAGGUGAAUCACAGUUUUCCACCCUCCAGUGUACGACAAACCAUUCCCUAUCCGUCUAUCACUCUGUGUGAGGACAUCUGUAAUACGAGUCAUCAUUUCAUUGUUAAGAAUACCACGUGCCUUUGUGUUGAAUAUCCUAAUGUAACAGAUCCAGCUGUUAACGAUUCUUGUACCCUUCCGUGUAAGGAUAUCCCGCCACUGGGACUAUAUUGCGGAGGGACAUCUGCAUUCAAUGUGUUCAAAACUUAUAGAGAAACUGAGAUAGUAAGCGCAGAUCUUUCACACAACUGUGUGUUGCUAAAUUGUGAUGACUCCCCACCCUCACUGAUUAUAGUGAGUUGCAAUGAAAACUUUUCCCACAGUGGGCUAUGCGUCAAAUUCAAUGGUGAAAGUGGAUCGCACAUUGACCAGAUAGGAACUUGGGAAUUCUCUGCAAACUAUUGUAAGGAGAGGAAUGAAGCGCUACCGUCCAGUGUAUCUCUCUGUAAUACCACCGGAUUCCGUAACCAACAACAUUGGAGUGGACUGGUACGAGUAGGGACACCAGUAUCCAUUACAGACAGAAGUCAACCUGAUCCUUCAUCAGUGCUUGAGUUCAACUGUACACGCUGUGAAAACAGAACGUGUCGUUCUAUCAGUUGCAGCAGCAACCGUUCCACUCUCUGUCAGAUAAAGAAUAUCAACAAUCAAAAAACCACAACGUUGUCAACUAUCCAUGCUACAAAUAUUAUUACUGGUCAUAACCAACAUAUGACGCCUUCAGAGAAUGACAAAAGCCAAAUCAAAGACGAGGACAGCAAUCAUCUCCAGAUUAUAGGCCCCGUCUGUGCGGUCGCAGUCAUCAUCGCCAUCAGUAUUGUAGUAUUCAUAAUGUAUAGACGUAGAAGAUUAAAAUCAAACACGGGCACCAAUGCUAUACAGCUCCGGGACCAUGUCCAAAAUGAGUAUGCAGUGGUCAAGAAAACCAAUAGGGAGGCCGCGGAAAACCCACAGAGCGAUGAAAAUGUCGACGAAAAUCAGGAAGAGUCUACGUACGUGGAUUCCAAAAUGGAUGUCUACGAUCACCUAGGCGAGAAACAUAAGCGGAAGUUUGUACAACAGUCGGACAAUAUCUAUAACUACAGCGGACCAUGUGACAAUCAAUAUGGUGACCUCGAACUUCCGGCGUCGGACGACACGUACGAUCACGCCAAGACCGCUAACACGGAUAAUUCAGAGGAAAACGAGUCUGGAUUCUUCAAUAGUCAAUACGUAUGAAAUUAAUCAAAAUAUGAGAUGAAAUUGUCAAACUUUCAUAACUUAUCAAAGUUUGCAUUAUCAUAGUUAUGUUGUUAUGUCAUGUUUAUCAACUGACCCACGGAAGUACAGUCCAAUACGUCAAAGAAACGAAUACCAGUCCUAGCCUAUUUUAACUGUUGACGCAAACCAGAAGAAAAAUGCAUCUCAAGAGAUUAAGAUAUUUCUGAAUUUUUUAGAAAUAAAAUUUGAAUCACAUCUACUUUUAUCAAAAUUAAAUGCAAAUUCAUAAAGCUAUAAAUUUAUCCAAGUGAAGUAAAUUACAAAUUUCACUAUCAUAUAUACAAUGUUGUGUUUAUAAUAAAAGCCACACAUAGGCCUAUUGUUCAUUGUGGUUUUUAUUUUAAAAAAUCAUUGCAUUACGUUUUUCAAUAUUCACUUGUAACUUCGAUUUCAAUGUGAAGUAUGAACAUUCAAAUUGACCUUCAAAUUGAAAAGUGUACUACAUUUGUAAAGUGAUGUAUUUUAGUAUUAAAUCAUUCAUAUCAUGAACUGUCAUGGUACAUAUAAACAUGAUAAAUCUUAUACAUGAAAGUAAACACGGGUCAAAUUAUGUAGGCCUACAUCAGUUUCCUGCAACACCAUGGACAAACGUCAUUUGGAUACAACCAUUCAGUGUAUAACUAGUCGUACUUUUCACGCAGAGUACAACCAACUCAUAAUAUAUCAAUCAUAGUAUAUGGAUGGAGACGUGAAUUUAGAAGUUGAAAGAAAGCUUGAACUUCCGUCUUAAACUUGCAAUCCAAUUGUAAUAUUGAAUUAAAAUGUAGAAACUCGAAAUUUUGAAUCAUUAUUGUACAGCUAGCAUAUGGGGUAGUAAAAUUUAUUUGACCUGCCAAUUAUUAUGCUCUCGCUUGCCCUAUGGACUAAUAAAAAAGUUAAUCGCAAACUGUUUACCUAUCGUGACGUCAUCACGUAAGUGAUAUAAGUUAAAACACGCAAAUAAACUGUUUAAUGUGGUAUGAUAUAUCAUGUACUCUGUAUACAUGUGCCUUCUCUAUCGUGAAUUCUAUUUCAUAAAGAGAAGUUAUACAUAUACAUUCACUAUUACUACACAUUUUAACAGCUUAAUAAUAGAAUUUCAGAUAUAUAUGGAUAUAUUUAUAAUUGAUAUUCUUAAUCCUCGAUCGAGAGAGAGAGAGAGAGGGGGGGGGGGGGGGCGCAUCUUAUUGUUUUAAACAUAUGCAAUUCAACAACUUAUAAAGAAUUAUGAUGUAUUGUAUAUUCAACCUAAACUACUGUUUAAGUAUGUAAACUUCACCACGAAGUAGUUUAUAAUGAAAAACGUUCAAUGUGUAUUGAAUGUCUUUAUUUAAUCGAUGUUACAGAGAAAAUUCGGUUACAGCUGAAACUCUCAACGUGCUUUUCUUCCCGCCCAGAGAGUCUUGCAAUGCGUUUUCUAAGUUCGUCUCUAAGCGCAGUGAGGUCCUACGAACCGUAAUUCGCCAUCGUUACUAAAUAUUCAACAACUUUCUAAUCUAAACAUGUCCUCCCGACGCUCUCUUAAACUUGAGGUUAGAAACGCCUUGGACGUUAACGGAUCGUGCGCCACCUGUAAUCAAGGGCGAGUAAUUUGAAGUUUUAUUUGCCAUUAUGCUGAAUGUUGAAAGUUUACGAUGGCGUAAUUUUAUUGAAUGUUUACAAUGACGUAAUCAUGCUGAAUGUUUACAAUGACGUAAUCAUGCUGAAUGUUUACAAUGACGUAAAUAACCUGAAUAUUUACAAUAACGUAAUACGCAAUUUCCGAGUUGCCCAAUAGUUAUUUCCCUUUGUGGAACUCUUACGCAUAAUGAGAUGCAAAACAUACUUUCGUCCACACGCGGUGGGUACAAAUGCUUAUCGCUGCCUUCAUAUAUUUAUUUCCUAAAAGAUGAUUAUGAGACAUCAUGCAAGGGACACAUAAUUUUAGUAAGUUUAUGAUCAUUUGAUGAUAAAAUAGCUCAAACAAAAACCGAUAAUCACCUUUCUUUGAUGAAAGUAUCACUCAUGCAGAAGAGGAAUAAAAAAUAAUUUCAUAUUUUAUUUAAUGGACUAAUUCAAACAAAUAUUAUUCUUGAUAUGGCCAGUUUAAUGUACAUACCAACGGCUGAUAUAAACAAAAUUUACGCCUUUGUAACUUUUAUCCUUAUUUGCUUAGCUAGCCUAUAAUACAAGUAUAUAUCUUGUACCCACCCAAGCCACUGAACGUACCUCCAUCACAGAAGAGCUGAUAUCUCGGAAAUAGCGUAUUAUGCUGAAUGUUUACAGUGAAGUGAGUACAAUGUUGUAUCCUGAAUGUCAUAAAACAAAAGUGUGUUUGAUCUCUUCUUGUAUUAAAAUUCAAGUAAGAAUUUUAUAAAAGGUGUGUCCUUGGGAGAUUAGCAAACAUGUUUGGCUGCUAGGGGGGGGUUCCGGUCUGAAGAGUGAAUUCUAUAUAUAGUUCACAUUGUUCCUGUAAUUGUGGGGAGUUUCGAAGAUUUCGUCAUCUUCUGCACGCCACCUUUCUGCUGUCUACUAUGGUUAAUACACGUACAUUAAGGGUGCACUUGAUUUGUCUACAUCGUUAUACACCCGCUGUAGGCGGCUUACACUUCAUCAGUCUUUAGCAAAAUCAGAUCCUAAGAUACGCUCACAAUCGCUACAAUCUUCUUACGCAGAGUAUACGGCACGGAUCUAAGAAGUCUGAUUUUAAUUAGAUUGACACUUCAUAAGUGUAAUUUGGUGUAGUGUAGUAUAUUCAAUAUAGACAUUCAGCAGCCGAGGAGAUCCUCAAUGGAGAAUUAACGAUUUCUUGAUAUGCAAAUAAAGUACAAAAUGGAUCAUUUCUAGAAUUUAAUAUUGUUUUCUAUAAAUCGUAUUUUAAUAUGCAUUUAUAAAUGCUUACAUACAUUCGGAAAAUACCAGG